AUGGCAGGACGAAAACGAAAGAAGGUUCUGAAUUCAAGUUCUGACUCCGAGGAUGAUGAUAUCGAUACGGAUGAUGAGUAUGAUGCUCUCGAGAAGGAUUUGGAGAUAUCGAAAAAAAAGCUAUCGAAAAUGGAUCGAAAAAGGAAAAGAACGAAUAAAGAUAAUGCUACGCUGAAGCAAGAUAAUGCUAAGCUAAAAAGUGAUUUGGACAACUCCAAGCGCAAAGUUCUCCUAUUGAAAUCAAUGUUGGGUGCUCGAGGAGCUAUUGAUUAUUUCGAGAGCAAACGCUUCACUUUCUGUGCUGCUACGAACUUCGACAAAAUGGCGCGUCGUUACGAUUCGAGGACUACGAUUUUCUCUCCCGAAGGCCGUUUAUAUCAGGUCGAAUAUGCGAUGGAAGCAAUUUCCCAUGCGGGUACCUGCCUCGGAAUUCUGGCUUCAGACGGGAUCCUCAUUGCUGCUGAAAAACGAAAUGUGCAUAAACUUCUAGAUGAUUCCGUGUUAGCCGAGAAAAUCUAUCGCCUCAGCGACAACAUUGCUUGUACGGUGGCCGGGAUUACGGCAGAUGCCAAUAUUUUGAUCAAUCAUUUGCGCUAUUGGGCCGCUGAUUACAAGCUUGGUUAUGGCGAAGACAUCCCGGUCGAGCAACUUGUCCGAAAUCUUUGCAACGAGAAACAACGCUAUACCCAAGUUGGAGGCAAGCGUCCUUUCGGUGUUUCGCUUCUUUACAUGGGAUGGGACAAACAUUACGGAUUUCAACUUUAUCAAUCUGAUCCUUCUGGAAAUUAUACUGGAUGGAAAGCCACUUGCAUCGGAAAUAAUCAUCAGUCGGCCGUUUCAUUGUUGAAGCAAGAGUACAAGAAUCCAACGCUCGCCGAAGCUAAACAACUUGCGAUGAAAGUUUUGUGGAAGACGUUGGACGUGAAGCUGGCUCCCGAAAAAAUUGAGAUGGCGGUGUUGGUCCGGAAAGAUGGAAAAUCGGUGGUCGAGGAGCUUUCGCAUGCUGAAGUCACAGCCCUCAUCAAGGAGCGCGAAGAGAAAGAGAAAGAAGCUGAGCCUGCACGCAGU